AUGAGAGAAGAUCUUGAGCGUCUAGAUCCUCGGGAAUGGGGGUGGGAAUGGUUAUGGACUCAAUAUGAGCAUCGUCGAACCCCUAAGCCCUCAACUGGAUCCGAGUUGAAUAAACAACUCAUUGAAUCUUAUGGUAUUGCCUUUGAAUACUGUAUAAAUGAUGCAUCAACGCUUUUAUUAAAAGAGUUAUUUGAUACAAAUAUAAUUGCAACUGCCCAAAAAAAAUUCGAUUUUAAUUUUCAUCCAGUUGGUUUGGUGACGGGUGCUCAAGGGAUUGGAAAAAGUCGAUUACUAAUGGAAUGUGUUAAUCAUAUUAGAAAAAGGUUUCCGGGAUUUUUAAAAGAUUUGGUCGACCUUAUCAACUUACCGUUACGACUUUUGCCUUCGGUAUUAGUGGAUCUAAAAAGAGAAGGUCAUUACUUUCAGGGAAGCAAUUUCCAUAAUACGCAAAGGGUUAAAUAUACGAUCUAUAGACAAAUGGCUUUUGGAUAUAUCGAUUGA